AGAAGUCAAACGAUUAUAAGGCAGAAUUUGACUGUAGAUCAAAUUCCUAGUCAGUUUGAAAAAAAAUUUUGAAAUGCUUAAAACAAAUUUCUUAUUGUUUUUGGCCAUUGGCGGCUUAUUUAGCUUGACUCGUGUAGACUAUACAGCUGCUGCCCCAACGAAAAAUGCUGCCAAUGCUGGAAGUAAGAUGUUACUUCCAACGGAAAGCUUCCAAUUAACGCACACUGCUACCAAUCAGAAUUUACUUCCAAUGGCAAGCGGCACCGUUAACAAUAAGAAUUUACUUCCAACAGCGAGUUCACACAUAGCUGACACUGCUAAAAAGCAAAGUUUACUUCCAACGGAAAGCGUGCAAUUAGCUGAUAAUUUAAAGAAUCUGGAUUUACUUCCAAUGGAAAGUGUGCAAAUAGCUGACAAAUUGAUGAAUCAGAGUUUACUUCAAAUGGAAAGCGGUCAAUUAGCUAAUCAGAAUUUACUUUCACUGGCUAGCUCACAAAUAGGCCAAAUUGUGGAUAAUCAAAUGAAAAAUUUGGACACUUACAAAAAUCAAAGUUUAUUUCCAAUGGAGAAACUACAAGUCGCCGAAAGUUCCAAAAGUCACAGAUUGUUUCCAAUUGAAAACGUGCCACAGCUUGCGAUUCCAAGCGAAGUAAACCAUGUCACACAUAACGCAAUGAAGUCGUUAGAUGCAACAAAUGAUGAUCUUCAAAUAUUUGGCACACGCUUAUUACCGCUGGGCUAUAAGCUGAAAGCUUCCGAUUUGAGAGCCAUCCCUUCUCAGCCGCUAUUCAAUUAUAAGAGAACGUCUGAGGCUCGUAUGCCGCAAUAUGAUCGAUUCGAAACUCAAAAAGCAAGGAUCGAUUAUUACCGACCAUUAAGCUCCUAUAGGGAAAAAUAUUAUAUGAAAAAAGAUGGGCGCGAUUCUGAUUUUCAGAUUCCAUAUCUAAACUCGAACGACAGCGUGCCUCGAGAACUCGUCCAAAAUUUUGACAAUUUGCUUGCCGAGUCCGGCGACAAGGAAGAACCCGACAAAGAGAUAACUAUACCGUUGCCGGAGAGUGCUCACAACGCGACUGAGGUGCAAAUGAGGGUCCAGGCGCGUGCAAGACAAAACUAUUACCCAGGUGGAAAACUGGCUAACGUAUGUUUGGGAAGAUCGACUGUAUAUAAUAAGCCCAGGGUAAUGAAUUGGCUUGAGAAAAAAGUGUACAUGUAUUAUAGCACUGACGAUCAUAGCAAUGAUGUUCGUAUAAGCCUUGCACAAGAGGUUAAUCGUCCCAUGUAUUUUGAUCUCAGGCUUGAGCUCUUCAAAAAUGGAAAAUCCGAGGAGUGUCACGUACCAAGCUUAGACAAAUGGAGACAAUAUCUAGAAUGCGCUCUAAGGCGCAACCAACGAAUGGAAUACAUGAUACCAAUGUACCCUCUUCACCAAAUUGGAUAUAAAUAUCAUUGGUCGCGAUCUAUGGAUGAAAGAGGAUAUAAUAAUUAUCGAUCAUAUGUACCAAGAACUGAUUUUGGGAAAAUGUGGUGGUACACGCCGUACCCUGGUUGGCAACAAAGCUGAUAUAUUUAUUUUAUUAUAUAUUUAUUUUAUCUGGUUAUGCGCCCAUCAAAUCUCGGCUUAGUAAUGCGAGCUAUAGCACGCAGUCACAACGUUUCCCAAAAUAAAAUACUAAUAAUUAGGCGCAAAUUUGUCCAAGAGCGUA